AUGCACUCACAUUCUCUACCACUGGGACGGACUACCACGCUGUGGGACGGACUACCACGCGGUGGGACGGACUACCACGCGGUGGGACGGACUACCACGCACUGGGACGGACUACCACGCGGUGGGACGGACUACCACGCGGUGGGACGGACUACCACGCGGUGGGACGGACUACCACAUGGUGGGACGGACUACCACAUGGUGGGACGGACUACCACAUGGUGGGACGGACUACCACAUGGUGGGACGGACUACCACGUGGUGGGACGGACUACCACGCGGUGGGACGGACUACCACGCGGUGGGACAAACUACCACGCGGUGGGACGGACUACCACGCACUGGGACAGACUACCACGCGGUGGGACAGACUACCACGCGGUGGGACGGACUACCACGCGGUGGGACGGACUACCACGCGGUGGGACAGACUACCACGCGGUGGGACAGACUACCACGCGGUGGGACAGACUACCACGCGGUGGGACAGACUACCACGCGGUGGGACGGACUACCACGCGGUGGGACGGACUACCACGCGGUGGGACGGACUACCACGCACUGGGACGGACUACCACGCACUGGGACGGACUACCACGCGGUGGGACGGACUACCACGCACUGGGACGGACUACCACGCGGUGGGACGGACUACCACGCACUGGGACGGACUACCACGCGGUGGGACGGACUACCACGCGGUGGGACGGACUACCACAUGGUGGGACGGACUACCACAUGGUGGGACGGACUACCACAUGGUGGGACGGACUACCACGCACUGGGACGGACUACCACGCGGUGGGACGGACUACCACGCACUGGGACGGACUACCACGCGGUGGGACGGACUACCACGCACUGGGACGGACUACCACGCGGUGGGACGGACUACCACGCGGUGGGACGGACUACCACGCACUGGGACGGACUACCACAUGGUGGGACGGACUACCACGCACUGGGACGGACUACCACAUGGUGGGACGGACUACCACGCGGUGGGACGGACUACCACAUGGUGGGACGGACUACCACGCUGUGGGACGGACUACCACAUGGUGGGACGGACUACCACGCUGUGGGACGGACUACCACGCUGUGGGACGGACUACCACAUGGUGGGACGGACUACCACGCUGUGGGACGGACUACCACAUGGUGGGACGGACUACCACGCUGUGGGACGGACUACCACGCGGUGGGACGGACUACCACGCUGUGGGACGGACUACCACGCUAGAGGUGCAGGGGUCUGCCUUAAUCGACAGCCACAGCUUCGGUGCCCGGGGAGCAGCAGGUUAA